GCAGAAACAUCGCGGAGACCUGGCCCCUUCAUGAGCUGCGACUCUGAGGCCCCUGCUCCCGCUGCAAGGUUAACGGGGGUCCCAGGCUAAGGGGCCCAACAUGGGCAGCUCCCAGGGCAGCUCCCUGCAGCGUGGGCCGUCUGCUCCCUGCCCAGAGCCCUGAGCGUUCAGGCCCCCGGGCUCACUGCAGUCAGGAGUGGGAGCCGAGCUGGGAAGCUGCCUGCACUGCGCUCGGCGAGAAUGGCGCUGCUCAAAGUCAAAUUUGACCAGAAGAAGAGGGUGAAGUUGGCCCAAGGGCUCUGGCUCAUGAACUGGCUCUCCGUGUUGGCUGGCAUCGUCAUCUUCAGCCUAGGGCUGUUCCUUAAGAUCGAGCUGCGGAAGAGGAGCGAUGUGAUGAAUAAUUCAGAGAGCCAUUUUGUGCCCAACUCCUUGAUAGUGAUGGGGGUGCUGUCCUGUGUCUUCAACUCUCUGGCUGGCAAGAUCUGCUACGAUGCCCUGGACCCCGCCAAGUACGCCAAGUGGAAGCCCUGGCUGAAGCCGUACCUGGCUGUCUGUGUCCUCUUCAACAUUGCCCUCUUCCUGGUGACCCUCUGCUGCUUCCUGAUGCGGGGCUCACUGGAGAGCACCCUGGCCCACGGGCUCAAGAACGGCAUGAAGUACUACCGAGACACAGAUACCCCGGGCAGGUGUUUCAUGAAGAAGACCAUCGACAUGCUGCAGAUUGAGUUCAGAUGCUGUGGCAACAAUGGCUUUCGAGAUUGGUUUGAGAUUCAGUGGAUCAGCAAUCGCUACCUGGACUUUUCCUCCAAAGAAGUCAAAGAUCGCAUCAAGAGCAAUGUGGAUGGGCGAUACCUGGUGGAUGGUGUUCCCUUCAGCUGCUGCAACCCCAGUUCUCCACGGCCCUGCAUUCAGUACCAGCUCACUAACAAUUCGGCGCACUACAGCUAUGACCACCAGACAGAGGAGCUCAACUUGUGGGUGAAUGGCUGCAGGGCUGCCCUGCUGAGCUACUACAGCAGCCUCAUGAACUCCAUGGGUGCUGUCACACUACUUGUCUGGCUCUUUGAGGUGACCAUCACGAUUGGCCUGCGCUACCUACACACAGCACUGGAAGGUGUGUCCAACCCUGAAGACCCUGAAUGUGAAAGCGAGGGCUGGCUUCUGGAAAAGAGCGUGUCGGAGACUUGGAAGGCCUUUCUGGAGAGCUUGAAAAAGUUGGGCAAGAGUAACCAGGUGGAAGCUGAGGGUGCAGACGCAGGCCAGGCCCCAGAGGCUGGCUGAUGGCCCCAGGGCCCCCUCCCCUCCUGGACACUGAAAAGUAGUGGACUCCAGGAAAGUGGAUACCCCCCUCAUCCAAUCUGAAUCUCCCAAGGAGGGCAGCCAUCUUACAAACUCUUCUUGAUGGUGGGAUUUAAAGUUUAGGAUCCCUAAAAGCAUUUGGCAAACAUUUGUUAAAUGAUUGACUUAAAAAUGAAUGAGCCUCUAUUCAGGCCCACCUCAUGGUGGACUCAGGGGGCCUCUUAGUGGAUCACUCUUAAAAGCACAUGAAUUCAGUUCCACCCGGGACUGGACUACACCUACUACUGGACACACCUGAGGGCAGUUCCCCUUUUAAGAGUCUGCCAUUACAAGCUCCAAGUUGCUUCAUUCUAUAUUCAAAGCAUCACUUGUUGCAUAAGCACAGAAGUCUAAAAAAAUUUACUGGCCAUGCUGUCAUGUUUUUUUUAAAUGCCAAUAUUGACAGGUCAGCCAUUUUAUUUGUAUAAUUGUGGAAGGUGGGGGAUGUUAUACUUUUCUAAGAGAAUGCACUCUCCAAAGCACUGGGGGCUCACAAGAGGAAUUCUUCAACGAUGGGGCAAACGAACUUAAAGACAGGAUUAUUUUCCUCACCAAAUACAUAGUUAAAGGCUAUUUCUGUGUCACAUUCUUAUGCCCUCACUUAGCCUGGAGUGAGCUAUGGGCUGAGGAAGUCAGGUUGUUAGCAUAUUCUGGCAACAUCCCACCCCUAACGUGCCACGCAACCUCCUUUGGCUUAUCUGUGGAAGCACUGGGUUAGAUGGUUGCCUUUUACUGGAAGAGGAGCAACAAUUAGACAAGAGUCCACUCUUUGGAGACCAGGCCUCACCUCUUGGAGGGCCCAGGAACACCCAUACAGGUGGCCAUGACAGCCCCCAUGGACAACAUGAAUUGUCUACAGUGGAGGGCAAAACAUCCUCUGGGAGCUUCUUCCUGUUUCUUUCCCCAGCUACCCAUCCUGCAAGGCAAUAUUUCUGGAAUGCCUCCAUAUUUAAAGAAGAUUCCUUGAGACAGUCCAUCUUUCUGCGCUAGUGACAGUAAGAGAAGUUUUUAAUUUCUCUCAGAAAAGCGAAAAAAGGGAAGCUUUUACGGGAAGGAGAGGAGGACUUCAUUGCUGUUCUAAUGUGUUCAGUGGGGAGAAAAUUUAAGACUUCCGGUGCUGCCUGGGGCAUGUUCUGGGGCUCUAGUUCUCCCAGGCGUUAGGAUCAGAUCAAAGAUAUUUGGAUACUAUCAAACGCUGGUCCCAGGUUUAAUUAGACUUCUGAAUCUUCUUGAGACCAAAGAGUGGUCCACAUUGAACAUGCUGAGGGAGUCAGCCACCUCUGAGGGUCCUGUAACUCUCUCCCCUCAGGAGUACUGAGAACCAUCAUGAAAGUGCUGCUCUAGGCCACGUGUAACUAUGCUGUUAACAGCUGUAUCAUAGACAUUAAAAAUUAUAUUGUGUG